AUGUCUGACGACUGUAUCUGUGUGCUUUUCACUACCAUAGGUUGCGCAGGGACAAUCGCAUGGCUCGUGCUAGCAGUCUGCGCGAAGAUGAGGGAGUUCCUUUACCAGCGAAAAGUGCAUUCAGAGUAUGAAGUGAACAUAGAUAUCGCUCUGUGCCAUUUUCUGGAAGAAUACGUCGGCUCCAUAGAAGAGAAUGGGGAGCAAGUGCAGCUGCUAGAGGCUCAGGUGAAGAAGUUGUCCGAGCGCGUGGCCGAAUUGGAAGCAAAUGAAAAGACGGUCCAUGUGACGGAGGUUGAUGAAGCGACUUUCAAGGCUAUGGAAGCUGGAAGUGACCUUGAUGAGUAUGCCACGGUCGAGCUGCUUUAA